UCCGGGCUCCGGCUACAACAGCAGCAGCUCCCCGGACUCCAGCUCGCCUGUUUGGAUCAGACUUUAACGCACCAGACGGAAAGUUUACGCGUGAAAGUGAGAUUGUCGCGCGUGUUGAGGAGGAGUUGAAGCGGAGCGGCGCGUGUUUGUGCACUUUUUGGGUUUUGAGUUUGUGUUUUUUCCGGUUUGGAGUUUCGGUUUGAAGCUUUUGGAUCACACACACACGCUUCACGAGUGGAAAAUGCGGGAUUUUACGCGUAUAUCCGCGUAAAGAGUAUUUAUAGGCCGGUCCGAGCUGCGGGUGUCGCUGCUAAGUGAGUGAUGAUUGAUUUGGAAACGUCAGCGCCGCCGCACACUCCAUCAUCCCGGCGGGCUGAGGGGAAGUAAGAAACCACCUGUUGUGGAUGUUUCCUGGAGCUUCUCACGGAUCAACACACGGAGGGUAUGCGGCUUUUACGCACGGAGCAGACGCAGUUUCUGAGAAGAGGCUCCUGUCUAAUGAGUGAUAAUCUCCGCAGCGCCGUGCAGCUCCGGCCUGUUUGUUUGCAGUGAGCAUGUUGCCAUGGUGCCCCGGGCUCAGAUGAGGAGGACGGCGGAGCUGCGGUCGGGAUGGCACGGGAGGACGCGGUGAGGUGUCUGCGCUGUCUGCUGUACGCGCUCAACUUACUGUUCUGGCUGAUGUCAGCAUGUGUCCUGGGAGUGGCAGCGUGGAUCAGAGACCCCCUGAACACCGUCCUGACCCUGACAGCCCACACCAGGCUGGAGGAAGCAGCCGUCCUCACAUAUUCUCCAGCUGUCCAUCCCGUCAUCAUCGCUGUGUGCUGUUUUCUCAUCAUCGUGGCCAUGGUGGGAUACUGCGGCACGCUCAAAUGUAACCUGCUGCUGCUGUCCUGGUACUUCGGCAGUCUGCUGGUGAUCUUCUGUGUGGAGCUGGCGAGCGCCGUCUGGACCUACGACCAGCCCGCGGUGCAGCGCUCUGAUAUGAUCAGCCUGAAGUCUCGGAUGCCAAACUUCGGCCUGCAGCGUUACCAGUGGCUCACACACACCUGGAACACCUUCCAGACAGAGUUUAAAUGCUGCGGGGUGAUCUACUUCACUGAUUGGCUGGAGAUGACAGAGAUGGAGUGGCCACCUGACUCCUGCUGCUCCAAUCAGUAUCCAGGAUGUGCUCGCCACGCCCACUACCACGACCUCAGCGACCUCCACCAAGAGGGCUGCGGUCCAAAGAUCUACAGUUUUAUUCGUGGGACGAAGCAGCUGCAGGUGUUGCGUUUCCUGGGCGUGUCCAUCGGCGUGGCUCAGAUCCUGGCCAUGGCGCUGACACUCACGCUGCUCUGGGCGCUUUAUUAUGGACGCAAAUCCCCAGAGCUGGACUCAACGCCGCCGCCGCUGCCAGUAACAGACGACUCUGCCCCCCUCUCAGUGACUCACGGACCCUCGGCUGAAGCCUCAAAGUCAGGCUGCACCCGCACAAAUAAAGGCUGGGCUAAUCCGCCCAACAUCACCACCAGCAACGCCGCCGCCGCCGCCGCCAAGCUGGGCCAACACCAGUUUGAGAUGGAGCGACUGUCGUAGCAAACGGCUUCAAGAUUAAAGGAGAAAUCUGGUUUGUUUUGGUAGUUUUAAUGAGUUUCUAUCAGUAAUAACAACAUUGAAUACAGCAAGUUAAUAUCUGACAUCUGAGAACACGGUGACGUCACUAAAUAACUGUCAGACAUUAGAGGUCUUUGUGGGUCCAGGUCUAGACUGGUCUGAUCAGGUCCUGCUGUACAGCUGCAGGUUUCAGGUCUGUGUGUCAACGUGUCUGAAACUCUGUGUCCAGUUUAUUUCAGACCAGUUCUGAUGGUCUUGACUGUCCUCUGGUCUAUUUUGGACCUGGUUUUCCUGCCUUUCAGACACACGAUACGAUACGACUUUGUCAGCUGACACUGAAAUUCAUUUAGCUUCUUUAGGCAGUUCAGAGUUUGACACACAUCAUAUCCUCUGAUUCAGAUCUCAGUCAGCAGCUCGCUGGUUCAACAACAAGCAGAAACUUUCUGUUUAAAACAUGUGAGGAGUCAGAAGAGAAGCUGAGAGCAGACAUGAUCUCUUUAGGUCCAUUUUUAACGGAUCUGUUUUGCAUCCAGAUGGAACGUUGUUGUCUGAUUCAGGUUUGUUAUUCUGGUUAACUCACUUUGCAAAGGUGUCGGUUUGAAAUGUAAUAAACAGAAAGAAUACUUUCAACUUGUCCCUUUUUAAACAUGAUUCUUUAGAACCAUCGCUGUUGUCAUGGCGAUGCUUUGUGUCAGUCGUCAGUUAAAGACUGAAGCUGUUUUUCUUUUGCAUGUUAAGUUCAGGAAGGUUUUUCCGCAGGUUUGUUUGAGAUAAAGUCCAAACAACAAACCAACAGGUUAUCCUGAUGAUGACUGGGGAGUCAAACAGGAAGUGAGAGCAACUGAAACGUCUUUGCUCAGGAAAGUAGAGCAGAGGAACAACAUCAGUGUUCUCAGAUCUCAGAUGUUAACUCGGUGAGAAUAAUGUGAUCGUUACUAGAACUGAAGGAUAAAACUACCGGACUGAGAGCAGAGUCGGGAUUAAGCAGAAUAAUCCUUUAAUGAGAUCACCGCAGAUGUGAGGAAAACACAUCAGGAACUCUGUGAUGACAAAGGUACAAAGACAAAACAGGUUGUUAACGAACUCGGAGUGAAUUCUGCAGGAACACGAUGGAUUCUGGUACUUUACUUCGUGGUACUUUGUGUUUCUUCACUGGACGAGAACAUGAACUUCAGCACUAAUGGAAACAACCACUCGUAGAGAGACAGACCCACGUCUUGAUGUCUCUGAACUUUUUCAGUCAGACUUGAAAUGAAACUUUCGAGGAGGUGCGUCAGGACCCACUGGAAGCAGAGCAGACGGUUUUAUCAGAGUGUUAUAUUGUAUAUUAGAAACUGUGCAUGGUUCUGAAUAUUUAAUAAUAUUUGUCUCACAGUUAUUGGAGCGUUUUCUCACUGGAAUAAAAACUAAACAUUAAAGCAGGAUUACACUGAUCUGUGGACGUUUGAUUUACUGAUCAAACUCUACCAGCCGGGUGGAUAAUUGCUGUAGGUGGAGAUCAACACGACUUACUGCAUGUCAACAACUUUAAUACAGAAAACAGACAACUGUAUGUUAACCUUUAACACGCCCCCGUUUAGUGAUGCUCGACAUAAAUAAAACACUUGUGAUGAAUGUGGACAUUA